AUGGGAACAAUUGCGGGGCUUCCAUUAAUGUUACCGAUUCUCUGCUUUAUAGUUAUAGGAGAAUUUCUUCCUAACACUGAUGCUAAGUUGAUGAAUUGCUUGGAGUCAGACCGAGAAGCUCUUACUGACUUCAAGAAUGGACUUCAUGAUCCUGAAAACCGGCUUUCUUCAUGGGAGGGAAGCAACUGCUGUCAGUGGUGGGGAAUAAGCUGUGAGAACACUACUGGAGCUGUUAUUUCAGUGGAUCUCCAUAAUCCAUAUCCAGAAGCUGAAGCUGGUUUGGAUUCUUCUGGCAGGUAUGCAUUCUGGAACAUUAGUGGGGAAAUUAGAUCUUCAUUGACAAAACUCAAGUCCUUGAGACAUUUAGACUUGAGUUUCAACACAUUCGAUGACAACCCAAUUCCUGAAUUUUUUGGAUCUUUGAAAAAUUUGCAAUAUCUAAACCUCUCAAAUGCAGGGUUUAGUGGUGCAGUUCCUCCAAAUUUAGGAAACCUCUCUAGCUUGCUAUAUUUUGAUUUGAAGGACUCUAGGAGAUUACAUGUUGAUAAUCUUGAAUGGGUAACAGGCCUUAUAUCUCUAAAGCAUCUUGUGAUGAAUGAAGUUGAUCUUUCAAUGGCAGGAUCAGACUGGAUUAGGACACUGAACAAGCUUCCAUCGUUAACUGAGUUGCAUCUAUCUAGUUGUAUGUUAUCUGCUCCCAUCCCACCUCUCACCUUUGUAAAUUUAACUUCUCUCGCUGUCCUAGAUCUCAGUUACAACUCCUUAAAUUCAAAAAUACCUGAUUGGCUUGUCAAUAUUAGCAGCCUCGUUUCCUUGGAUUUAACAUUAAAUAACUUUUAUGGAAGAAUUCCACUUGGUUUUAGUGACCUCCCUAAUUUGCAGAUUUUAGUUCUUAAUAGUAACUACAAGCUUACAGCAAGUUGCCAUCAAUUGUUUAGAGGAAGGUGGGAGAUGAUAAGAGUUCUUAAUUUAGCAGGCAAUAAACUUCAUGGGAAACUUCCUGCUUUCAUUGCAAACCUGACAUUUCUCACUGACCUAGCCCUUGGUGCCAACAAUGAUCACUACAAAAAUCUUUCUGUUCUGUGGCUAAAUGGGAAUGAAUUGAAUGGUCCCCUCCCAAAAAGUUUGGGACAACUUUCUGAGCUGUCUUCUUUGGAUGUUUCUUCCAAUCAAUUGACGGGUAUGGUUACUGAAACACAUUUUUCAAAUCUCGAAGGUCAUCUGCCAAGUCUUCUAAACUUGGCAUCAAACGCAGUGGUUGAUGUCAGCUCAAACCUCUUCAAAGGGUCCAUUCCUCUUACAAGUGAUGAUUUUUACUUUCUCAACGUAUCCAAAAUUAAACUUUCUGGUACUAUUCCAUAUAACAUUAGUGGUUCCCUAAUUUUCCUCUCGAUUUCAGACAACCAAAUAACUGGAGAAAUCCCAGCUUCUAUAAGCAACAAUCCUAGUCUUCAAGUCAUUGAUCUUUCCAAUAACAACCUAAUAGGAAGUAUUCCAUCAGUCUUUAUGAAUUGUUUUUACAUUAAAGCACUGGACCUUAGUAAAAACAAUUUAUCUGGAAGUAUCCCUACUGACUUAGGCUUCUUAAGUAUGCUUCAAACAUUGCACCUAAAUGACAACAACCUCUCUGGAGAGAUCCCAUCAUCUUUCCAAAACUUAGCAAGUUUGGAGACGUUGGAUCUUGGAAACAACAGAUUAACAGGUACAAUUCCAGCAUGGAUUGGGAAAGGUCUUGAAGGACUAAAAAUUCUCAAAUUGAGAGGCAAUGCAUUUUCGGGAGAACUUCCACUGGUGCUAUCAAAUUUAAGUUCAAUGCAAGUCCUGGACCUGGCAGAAAAUCGGUUCCAAGGUAGCAUACCAGCUAGCUUUGGAGAUUUCAAAGCAAUGACACGAGUCCAAAACAUAAACCGCCAUCUACUCUAUGGGAUGUUUGGAAAACUUUAUGAAGAAAACUUGGUUGUGAAUAUGAAAGACCAGUCUUUGAUUUUCAGCAAGAUCCCCUCCCUUGUAGUCAACAUGGAUCUCUCUGGAAAUAAUUUGAGUGGAGAUCUUCCAAGAGAGAUAACAAAAUUGUCGGGUUUAGUGUUUCUAAAUUUGUCAAGAAACCGUAUCAGUGGACACAUUCCAGAGAGCAUUUCAAAGUUGAAGCAAUUGUCAUCACUUGAUCUCUCAAGUAAUAAGCUCUCAGGUGCUAUUCCUCGAAGUUUGGCAUCAUUCUUAUUUUUGGGGUUCCUGAUUUUGUCAAACAAUAACUUCUCUGGUAGGAUCCCUUAUACAAAUCAUAUGACAACUUUUGAUGCACCCUUUUUUGCUGGAAACAUUGGCCUUUGUGGUAUUCCACUUGAUGUAAAAUGUCCAAGUGAUGAUGAAGAUGAUGUUGAUCCAGAAAAGGGAUUGAAUACUUCGAAGAAUAGUAGAAAUGGUGACACUUCUACCGAUAAGUGGUUUUACUUGAUUGUUGGAUUGGGAUUUGCAGUAGGAAUUCUUGUUCCUUAUCUGGUAAUCACGAUGAAAAGGUCUUGGAGUGUAGCAUACUUCAAUGCUGUUGAGAAAGUUGUAGAUAGAAUACUAUUCCUGUGGUUGAAGUAUAGAACUAGACAGCAGAGGAACCAAAGAAGAUGA